UGCCAUCACAUUGGCUGUGCGAUAUCGCUCUUCACACUGACGCAUCGCUCCCCACGGACCUUUCUCUGCACGCAUUUGAAUCCAGCGAAUACACUGAGACAGCCGGAAGAAGCAUUGGCAUCAACGCAGCUGCUCGGCUGGGCAUCAAGAACUUCCGCCUAGCCAUCGUCGAAUGAGUCAGCUGGCAACGACGCAUUCGAACAGCCGGUCCUGAUCUUCACCAUCGAUACUGCCAAAUAUGGCUCUCGAUCCAAAGGACGUUCGUCCGGAUCCGACUUCAGAUCUUCACUGGUCUGACUACCGGGGAGCUAUCCACGAGAUAUUCGCAGCCAAUGCCAAGAAGCAUCCAGACCGAUCAUGUGUCGUUGAAACGGAAUCGUCAACAUCGCCGAAGCGGGACUUCAGCUACAAGACCAUUAAUGAAGCGUCCAACGUUGUUGCGCAUCACCUUGUUAGCAAUGGCGUUCAGCGUGGCGAGGUGGUCAUGGUCUACGCCUAUCGUGGCGUGGACUUGGUCGUGGCAGUCAUGGGUGUGCUCAAAGCUGGCGCAACCUUCAGUGUCAUCGAUCCGGCAUAUCCACCAGAUAGGCAGAUCAUCUAUCUGGAAGUUGCACAACCUCGUGCUCUGGUGUGUAUCGAGAAGGCGAAGAAGGAAGCUGGCGAGCUCGCUCCAAUCGUAAGGAGCUAUAUUUCCGAGAAAUUGAACCUCAGAACCGAAGUACCUGGACUGAUGUUGAACGAUGAUGGCACUGUGACUGGAGGCUCUCUGGAAGGCAGCGCAGACUGCUUGCAGGCACAGCAGCCCAAGAAGGAAGAUCUGCCUGGUGUUCUCGUCGGACCAGACAGCACUCCAACCCUCUCCUUCACAUCUGGCUCCGAAGGACGACCCAAGGGGGUCAAGGGUCGACACUUUUCGCUCGCGUACUACUUUCCCUGGAUGUCGAAGCGCUUCAACCUGACAGAGAAGGAACGCUUCUCUAUGCUCAGUGGUAUUGCGCACGACCCGAUCCAGCGUGACAUUUUCACGCCACUGUUCCUCGGAGCCAGUCUUAUAGUACCUCCAGCUGAGGACAUUACAUUUGACCGUUUGGCAAACUGGGCAAGUACCAAUGAGAUCUCGAUUAUGCAUCUCACACCUGCUAUGGGUCAAAUCCUGCUGGGAAGUCUGGAACCCAAGAUCACCAGCCUUCAUGGCGCAUUCUUCGUAGGUGAUAUAUUGCUCAAGCGCGAUUGCCGAAGACUGCAACAGCUUGCACCCAACUGCAGGAUCAAGAACAUGUACGGCACCACGGAAACACAGCGAGCAGUAAGCUUUUACGAGAUUCCGUCGGCGAACGAGGACCCAACCUAUCUCGACAAGAUGGGCGAUGUCAUCCCUGCUGGUACUGGCAUGCUGGACGUGCAGCUACUUGUCGUGGACCGCGAGAAGAAGGAGCGGCAGUGCGAGGUUGGCGAAAUUGGUGAGAUCUACGUACGAGCUGGUGGUCUGGCUGAAGAGUAUCUCGGCGAUCCGGAAAAGAACGCCCAGAAGUUCGUCUCAAACUGGUUCGUUGAUCAGCAAAAGUGGAUUGACGAGGACAAAAAGCGCAUCGAGGCUGCUGGCCAGUCCGAGCCGUGGAGAGAGCAAUACAAAGGCCCUCGAGACCGCAUGUAUCGCUCUGGAGAUCUCGGUCGGUAUAUGCCUGAUGGCAAUGUUGAAUGUGUGGGACGUGCAGACGAUCAGGUUAAGAUUCGCGGCUUCAGAAUUGAGCUGGGAGAAAUCGACACGCAUCUCAGUCAGCAUCCAUUGAUCCGCGAAAAUGUGACUUUGGUCAGGCGUGAUCAUCAAGAAGAGCAAAUCCUCGUCUCCUACUAUGUACCUGACAUGGCAAAGUGGAGAGAGUGGUACGCUCAGCAGGAAGAAGCCGCCAGCAAGCAACCUGUGGCCACUGGCGGUAUCAGACCACGGCGGAGAGAGUCCGCCAAGGAGAGUCACGGCAUUGCUCAGCGCAUGAAGAUCUUUGAUCUGCUGACACAAGAUGCCCGAUCCAGGCUCAAGCAGAAGUUGCCCACUUAUGCUGUGCCCACCUUGUUCAUUCCCAUGCUGAGGCUGCCCCUCAACCCCAACGGCAAAGUAGACAAGAGAGCACUGCCUUUCCCGGAGCAGGCCGACCUGCUCGGCUCACUGCCUGAAGCUACAGACUUGGACAAGCGGACGAACACUGAGAAUGAGCUGGCCAAGAUUUGGGCCGAGCAUCUCAAGUCUCGCAACCACACCCCGGAAACACUUCCUCGAGACACCAGCUUCUACGACCUGGGUGGCGACAGUAUCAUGACAGUACAGAUUGUGCCAAAGAUCAAUCGCAAGUGGCAGGGUGUCCACGUGCCCAUGUCCGUAAUGGCAGCUGGACAGCCAACAUUGGAGAAAGUCGCCAAGUUCAUCGAUCGCUCGCUGGAUCCCGUUGGAUUGCGUCUUGACGCUGCUGAGGAUGAUGAAGAUGUAGAGCAAAGCGUCCAAUAUGCCAACGACCUGCCAAGCCAAAUUGCGCUUCUUCCUCAGACCAUUGCUGGAGGCCAGAUCCGAAGUGCGGCGAACGGCCUCAACAUUCUUCUCACUGGUGCCACCGGAUUUCUGGGCGCCUAUGUUUUGCAUGAUGCUUUCAUGCGCAAGAGUCCGAACCACGUCUAUGCUCACGUGCGAGCGUCAAGUCAUGCAGAUGGACUCGAUCGCAUCCGAAGAACAUGUACAGCCUACGGGCUCUGGCAGGAGUGGUGGGCCACUGAAGGUGUGCUGGAAGUCGUCAUUGGAGAUCUAGAGAAACCAAAUCUUGGACUCAGUGAUGCUGACUACAAAAAAGUCGCUGAUGAUGCUGAUCUCAUCAUUCACAAUGGUGCUCGUGUCCACUGGCUGAUGCCGUACGAGAAUUUGAAGGCAGCAAACGUGACGAGCACGAUUGAGGCCAUCAAGCUUUGUGCAACAGGCAAGAACAAGCGCCUGACAUUUAUCAGCUCAACUAGUGCCGUGGACACUGAGCACUACGUUCAGCAGUCAGAUGCUGGACAGCCAAUUCUGGAGAGCGAUCCUCUCGAAGGCAGUCGGCAAGGCCUUGGUACAGGAUACGGCCAGUCUAAAUGGGUGUCAGAGCAAAUCAUCCGCGAAGCUGGUACGCGUGGUCUGAACGCCGUCAUCGUGCGAUCAGGUUACGUGAUGGGUGAUCCAAAGACUGGUGUGAGCAACUUGGAUGACUUUCUGGUGCGUAUGCUCAAAGGUUGCGUUCAAGUCGAAGCGAGACCAGACAUGGACAACACGAUUAACAUGGUUCCCGUCACUCGAGUCGCCCGCCUUAUCAAUGCGGUGUCAUUCCAUAGUGAGGCUGGGACGGUGGCAUUCGUUGAUGCUCACCCUCGCCCAACGUUUAAUCAAUACCUCGGCGCAUUGGAGUCAUAUGGCUACAGCACGCCUGUCGAGCCCUACGAGAGCUGGAAACACAAGGUGGAGAAGUACGUCGAGGAAGGGCAUUCCGGCAAAGACGAGUUGGCGCUACUUGGUCUAUACCACAUGGUCACUGGUGACCUACCUGCUGCCACCAAGGCACCUAGUGUGGAUGACCGUAAUGCUCAGGCUGCACUGAAAGCUGAUGCCGCUCUCCACGCGAAUGAAACUCCUGACACUGUCACCGCAGAAGCUACUGGAGCGUAUCUGGCUUUCCUCGUUGCGAGAGACUUCAUGUCUGCGCCGCAGAAAGAAGCAACUCCUCUGCCGAAGAUCGAGCUCAGCAAGGAGCAAAUUGAGGCAUUGAACAAGGUCGGUGGUCGUGGUGGGUCGUAGGAAAUGGUUGUAUGAAAUAAAGCAUGUAGAUUCGACUAUCGAGCGAAAAAGAGCCUUCAACAUCGCCG